GCCGCCCACCAGCCAGCCAUGAGCUCCAGGCAGUUCAACAAGGGCCCCUCGUACGGGCUGUCGGCCGAGGUCAAGAACCGGCUCCUGUCCAAAUAUGACCCCCAGAAGGAGGCAGAGCUCCGCACCUGGAUCCAGGGACUCACCGGCCUCUCCAUCGGCCCCGACUUCCAGAAAGGCCUGAAGGACGGAACUAUCUUAUGCACACUCAUGAACAAGCUACAGCCGGGCUCCGUCCCCAAGAUCAACCACUCCAUGCAGAACUGGCACCAGCUAGAAAACCUGUCCAACUUCAUCAAGGCCAUGGUCAGCUACGGCAUGAACCCCGUGGACCUGUUCGAGGCCAACGACCUGUUUGAGAGUGGGAACAUGACACAGGUGCAGGUGUCUCUUCUCGCCCUGGCGGGGAAGGCCAAGACUAAGGGGCUGCAGAGCGGGGUGGACAUCGGCGUCAAGUACUCGGAGAAGCAGGAGCGGAAUUUCGAUGACGCCACCAUGAAGGCCGGCCAGUUUGUCAUCGGGCUGCAGAUGGGCACCAACAAAUGCGCCAGCCAGUCGGGCAUGACCGCGUACGGCACGAGGAGGCAUCUCUAUGACCCCAAGAACCAUAUCCUGGCCCCCAUGGACCACUCGACCAUCAGCCUCCAGAUGGGCACAAACAAGUGUGCGAGCCAGGUGGGCAUGACGGCUCCCGGGACGCGGCGGCACAUCUAUGACACCAAGCUGGGAACCGACAAGUGUGACAACUCCUCCAUGUCCCUGCAGAUGGGCUACACGCAGGGUGCCAACCAGAGCGGCCAGGUCUUCGGCCUGGGCCGACAGAUAUAUGACCCCAAGUAUUGCCCACAAGGCACAGUGGCCGAUGGGGCUCCCUCAGGCGCCGGCGACUGCCCGGACCCGGGGGAGGUCCCAGAAUAUCCCCCUUACUACCAGGAGGAGGCCGGCUACUGAGGCUCCCAGCUCGCU